UGAAAAUGAAGUGUGAUUUUAAUUGUAACCAUCUUCAUUGUGGACUUCCAUUGUUAAAACCAUGUGGAACGGAUAAAAGAACAGAAGAGUCUUCCGCUUCUGAUUACGAUGAAGAGUUUUGCAAAGACUGUGCCAAAGAGUACCAGAGGCUCUUGUACAGUGACCUGCACCAUGGAAGCAUCAGAAAUAUGAGUGUCAAGAGUGAAGGGAAGCUCAUACAUAACAAAGAAAAUCAACAAAUAUUGUGGGGGCCUGCUAGGAGAACAAAUGCACUGGAAAGUAGCAAAUUUACUGAGGAUAGUGGAUAUUCCUCUUUGCUGAGUAGUCCACAUGAAUCCAUUGAACAUGAUGACAGUAUGCCAUUGGCAGGGAACCUUGAGACACCAAACUGCAGUCUCAUUCAGAAUAAAAGUCAGCUGCAGUGUUCAAAAAGGAAUUUGCUUCCAGUUCUCCAUUUUGAGGAACUUGUUUGCUCAACUUUGAAAAGAACCACUAAAAGAAGUCCAAAGUCAUGGGGUACUUUGUUGGACAAAAUGGUUUCCAGGGGAAGCAUGAGUUUUAUUAAUCUAAUCGGCAGAAAAAUGGGAGUGGACGGUUUGGACAUCCUUAGUGAACUAUUCCACAGAGAAUUCAGGCACAUAUUAGCAAACAUCCUAAGACACCUCAGUGAUACAGACUUGAUAAACAUGGCUAAAGUGAGCACAACGUGGAAGAAAAUUCUACAUGAAGACAAGCGGGCUUUACAGACAUAUAACAAGGCAUUAAGAUUAAUUUCUAAUAACAGCGCGAAAUCCUCAAGAACAGCUGACACAAGGGAAUAUGUUCCUCACCGAGAAGUGUUAGCGCUUGUUCAGAAAGCAUCAGUUGUGCAAAACAGCUCUUUAAAAAACACAUCCAGACUCAAGGCUGACGUCAGUAGUUGGAGUUUUUCUCACAGCCGGCACACACAGUUUUCUGAGAUUGCCAAGACUCUGAAAAAUACUGAAAGCCUGAAAAUUUGUCACCGUUGUCGCUCUCCUGCAAAAUAUGAUUCUCACCUACAAAGGGCAGUGUGUAUCCGUGAAAGCUGUGGUUUUGACUUUUGCACCAAGUGCUUGUGCAGCUAUCACAAUGCCAAGGACUGCACAAGUGAAAAGCCUGUGAAACCAGCUUCCAAACAAGGGCCCCUUCCUGGUACCAAAAAAAGCAAGCAGAACUUGAGAAGAUUAUGAUUUGUG